UGUGUAAUGUUUUGAGAGGGGAGAGACGCUGUAGCUUCCUUCUUCCAUCGGUUCCAGCCAUUCUUUUACUCGCGCCCAUCUAACGUCAGUGGAGAACUUCUCGUGUCUCGCACACAGACACCUUGUCUGUUAAAGACGCGCAGCAUCCACUCCACGGGAAGAUGGAGAAACGGCAAGCACCGUUCUCCAGAUUUACAGAACAAGAAAAAUCAAGGAAUUCUGUCAGUUAGGAUGCAAAUAGUGCUUUUCCGUCGAUAGGAACUUCUUUUAGGGAAAGGUGUGCUCUGAUCUGCUGAAGGAACAUGGAUGUGUCUGGGGGCCAGCAGCAGUAUGGAGGAUCUAAGAAGAGGGUGAAGAUCCACCCCAAUUCCGUCACAGUGAAAUACGCCACCCACUUCCCCCAGCCUGGAGACGAGGGUUACGACGAUGCUCCGUCCUUUGAGGACUUUGAUUCGUUUGCGAAGGCCAGCCCUGCUAAGAGACUGGUGACAGACAGUAGUAGGAAGACCAUGGAGACCCCCAGGACGUUAUGGGGAGGGGUGGAGCCCCAGAGCCGGGACAAGGGGGUCGGGGGGCAGCUGGCUAGCUUCGGGGAGGCCAACGUCCUGGCGUCCCGGGUCACCUGGAUGGCGUUGUUCGGGGCAGCGGUUGCUCACGGCUGCGUUGCUCUGAUCACACGGCUGGCGGCAGACCGCUCCAAAGUGCCGUCCCUGGAGCUGAUCUUCAUCCGGUCUGUGAUCCAGGUCCUGUCCAUCACAGUGGUGUUUUAUAACCAGGAGGAACCCUUCGGCCCGAAGGGGUACCGCCUCCGGCUCUUCUUCUAUGGUGUCUGCAACGUCAUCUCCAUCACCUGCGCCUACACCGCCUUCGCCAUCGUGCCGCCCAGCAACGGUACCAUCAUGUGGCGCGCAACCACCACGGUGUUCAGCGGCGUGAUGGCCUUCCUGUUGUUAGACGAGAGGCUGGGCUACACGGACGUGGUGACGGUGGUGGGCAGCGUGUUCGGCCUGUGUCUCGUCAUGAUCCCCAAUGUGGCCGACGAGGAGAAGUCUCGCCUCACCUUCUGGAAGGAGGCGUUCGGCUACACCAUGACGGUGAUGGCCGGCCUCACCGGAGCCCUGUCCAUGAUCGUCUACCGGGCCAUCAAGGAGCGUGUCAGCAUGUGGACAGCCCUGUUCACGUUCGGCUGGACGGGCACGGUGUGGGGCGCCUCCACCAUGUUCGUUAUGCAGGAGCCGAUCAUCCCCCUGGAUGGGGAGACGUGGGGCUACCUCACGGGGAUCUGUAUCUGUUCCACCGUGGCGUUCCUGGGGGUCUACUACGCCCUCAACAAGUUCCACCCCGCCCUGGUGAGCACCGUGCAGCACCUGGAGAUAGUGGUGGCCAUGUUGCUUCAGCUCAUGGUGCUGCGCAUGGUCCCCUCCAUCUACGACGUCAUCGGGGGGCUGGUCAUCAUGGCCAGUGUGUUUACUCUAACGGGAGUGAAGCUAUACAGGGUCAGCCGGGCUGUACGGCAGGACUACCAGGAGAUACUGAACUCACCCAUCAAAUAGAGUCUGGAGUUCUGAUUCAGGAUCAGUUUGGCCCUAUAGACCAUAAUGCAUAAGAUUACAUGGACAGGGGUGAAACGGAUUGUAGACCUCCACUUCUACUCUCUCUAUAUAUUUAGAAUUGUGGUGGUCAUUAACUUGACGGAGUGUCAACUUGUGUGCAAUGUCUUUGCUAAAGUUCUAUUUGUCUGUGAAAAGAUAUUCCACGAUGAAAGGGUUUGUUCUGAUAGCUUUGAUUUCAUGUCAACUGUGAUGAAGAAGAGUGUCAAAGUAACAUGUGUUGUUUAGAUUGUAUGAUACGUUCUGUACCUUAACUUUACAGCUAUGGCGUAAAUAUGUGUCAGAGAUAUUCAGGCUGUGUCUGUCUCUGCUAGAUGACCAGCAUCUAAAUAAGAUACUAGGUACUACUGCUGCUGACAGUGUGUUAACAGGGCCGUGUUGACAAGAUGAUAAAUCAUUUUUGUUUGUUUCCUGCA